AUGCGAUCUUUCAAAUCGCUGGCCGCGGCCAGCAUUGCCCUGGCUGGCUUCGCUGCCGCAAGCGACGUCCACGACCUCAAGACAGACAACUUCAAACAAUUCAUCUCGGAAAACGACCUAGUACUAGCAGAGUUCUUUGCUCCCUGGUGCGGGCAUUGCAAAGCCCUGGCCCCCGAGUACGAGGAGGCUGCAACGACCCUCAAGGAGAAGAAUAUCGCUCUGGUCAAGGUUGACUGCACAGUUGAGGGUGAUCUCUGCAAAGAGUAUGGUGUGGAGGGCUACCCGACCGUCAAGGUCUUCCGUGGCCUUGAUAACAUCAAGCCCUACAGCGGAGCUCGGAAAGCUCCUGCUAUCGUCUCCUACAUGACCAAGCAGGGAUUGCCCGCGGUCUCUCUCCUCACUUCCGAAACUCUGGAAGAGUUCAAGACCACCGACAAAGUUGUCGUGGUGGCCUACAUCGCAGCCGAUGACAAAGCCUCCAACCAGACAUACACUACCCUCGCAGACACACUAAGAGACGACUACAUCUUUGGUGCCACGAAUGAUGCUGCCUUGGCCAAAACCGAGGGUGCCAAGCAGCCUUCAAUUGUGCUCUACAAGGACUUCGAUGAGGGCAAGAAUGUCUUCGAUUCAGCCUUCGACGAUGAGGCUAUCACCAAAUUCAUCAAGGCCGCAGCAACUCCUCUGAUCGGCGAGGUCGGCCCCGAGACUUAUGCUGGAUACAUUGGUGCCGGAAUUCCCCUCGCCUACAUUUUCUCCGAGACUGCUGAGGAACGUGCCUCGCUCGCCGAGACCCUCAAGUCCGUAGCUGAGAAGCACAAGGGCGUCAUCAAUUUCGCCGUUAUCGACGCCAAGGCAUUCGGUGCACAUGCUGGUAACUUAAACCUUCCAACCGACAAGUUCCCUUCAUUCGCCAUCCAAGAGACGGUCAAGAACGAGAAGUACCCAUUCGAGGGAGACGCCUUGACCGAGAAGACCAUUGGAGCAUUCGUCCAGAGCUUUGUUGAUGGAAAGCUGGAGCCCAGCAUCAAGUCUGAGCCGAUCCCAGAGAAGCAGGAAGGCCCCGUCACCGUUGUAGUGGCCAACUCCUACAAGGAUAUUGUUCUUGAUGAUUCCAAGGACGUGCUCAUCGAGUUUUACGCUCCUUGGUGUGGACACUGCAAAUCGCUCGCCCCUAUCUACGAAAAGCUCGCCGAACUCUACACCUCCUCCGACCUCUCCUCCAAGGUAACAGUCGCCAAGGUUGAUGCCACCCUGAACGACGUGCCUGACGAGAUCUCCGGCUUCCCAACCAUCAAACUCUACCCUGCCGGCGCCAAAGACUCUCCAGUCGAAUACUCCGGCUCCCGCACGUUGGAGGACCUCGCCGCUUUCAUCAAGGACAACGGCAAGCACGCCGCUGACGGCCUCGCUGCUCAAGCCGACGCCGAGGAUGUUGUGAUGGAGGACGCGUCGGCUGCUGCUGAUCAGGAGACUCUCGCCAAGGCUGCACCGGCAGCCACAACUGACGGUGAGGGCGUGGUUGAUGCGGUCAAGAGCGCUGUCAGUGGUGCUGCGGAUGCGGCGUCGACUUUUGUCGCCGAUGACGAUGCCGGUGUCCAGGAGCAUGAUGAGUUGUAA